AUUGCCCUUCACCCCCAAAUCCUUGCAAACAAACCCCGAACUUCUCCUCGCUGAGACCCGAAACCCUAGCAAUGGCGAUCGCGACUCUCCGGCGUCUCCCUCUCCAUCUCUCCCGUACCCAUUCCUUCACCCGGACCUCUUUCUCCUCGGCGUCAGCGAAGGUCUCCGAUCGCAUCGUCAAGCUCCUCACCAUUGACCCGACCGGCGCUCGCCGUGAGAUCGUUGGUCUCACUGGUCAGACACUUCUCAAGGCCUUGGCCAACGCGGGUUUGAUCGAGCCGGCGUCGCAUCGGCUGGAAGAGAUCGACGCUUGCUCAGCGGAGUGCGAGGUCCACAUCGCGCAGGAGUGGCUCGACAAGCUCCCUCCACCGUCCUACGAUGAGAAGUACGUGCUGACGAGGAAUUCUAGGAACCGGGUGCUCAACAAGCAUGCGAGGCUUGGGUGCCAGGUCGUGCUCUCGCAUGACCUUCAAGGUAUGGUCGUCUCUGUCCCUGAGCCAAAGCCCUGGGAUACGCCAUAGAUCUGGACCGAUAUUUAUAGGAUUUGAGCUCGAUUUCCAUUGAAGAAUGGUUUGUUCUCUUCAAAGUCUGGGUCUGUUACAAUAAAUUGCAAUACUUGCUAUAGAUACUUGUUUAUUUCUUUGUUUAUUUUGAGGAUUGGAAUUGAUUGAGAUGAUGUCUUUUGCUUUGGAUUCUGUA